AUGUCCCUUGCUUCAGGUCCCGGCCCCCGGUGGUUACUCUUCUCCUUUGGAAUGGGGCUGGUGUCAGGGUCAAAGUGUCCAAAUAAUUGCCAGUGUCAAGCUCAAGAGGUGAUCUGCACAGGGAAGCAAUUAACGGAAUACCCUCCCGACAUCCCCCUGAACACCCGGCGCCUAUUCCUCAAUGAGAACAGCAUCACUAGUCUGCCAGCCAUGCAUCUGGGACUUCUCAGUGACCUUGUGUACUUGGACUGUCGGAACAACCGGAUCCGAGAGCUGAUGGACUACACCUUCAUCGGGGUCUUCAGACUCAUCUACCUUGACCUCAGCUCCAACAACCUAACCUCCAUCUCCCCGUUCAGCUUCUCGGUGCUCAGCAACCUGGUACAGCUGAACAUUGCCAAUAACCCUCACCUGUUAUCGCUGGACAAGUACACCUUUGCCAACACCAGCUCUCUGCGGUAUCUGGACCUCAGGAACACCGGCUUGAAGACCUUGGACAGAGCUGCCUUCCACCACCUCACGGUCCUACAGACCCUGUAUCUGAGUGGGAACCCCUGGAAGUGCAACUGCUCCUUCCUGGACUUCGCCAUCUUCUUGAUCGUGUCCCAUCUGGACCACCCAGAUGGUCAAAAUGCCACGUGCGUGGAGCCCACGGAGCUGUUGGGGUGGCCCAUCACCCAGGUAGGGAACCCACUCCGCUACAUGUGCAUCACACACCUGGAUCGCAAAGACUACAUCUUCCUGCUGCUCAUCGGCUUUUGCAUCUUCUCGGCGGGCACCGUGGCUGCGUGGCUCACAGGUGUGUGUGCUGUGCUAUACCAGAAUGCCCGCCGCAAGUCAAGCGAGGACGAGACCGAGGACGAGGCCAGCCACAGGGUGGAAGUCACCAGGAGGAUUUUUCAAACCAGGGCUAACUCAGUGCAUAGUGGGUUCCCUCAGCUGAUUUAG